AUGCCGACCAACAAAAGCGCCAAUGACGCCCUAGCCGGGCUGGCGAAGGGUGGUGAGAAGCUAGGUCUGGUCGUGGGCGGAAAGAACAUCGAGCCCGGCCAAUACAUUCCCAAAGCUGAGGCACAAACUGCACCAGAGAUCUCCCUCCCCAACGCUGGAGGCGAGUACAUCGUCGUAUCUCUCGACAUGGACGCACCCUUCCCAUCCUUCAACCUUCUAGGUCCCAUCCACCACUGGACCCAGCCCGGCUUCACUCCCACCACCCCCGGUGAAGCUGCGCUCUCUUCUGGAAACACGCCAUUCAUCGCCAAUUAUAUCGGUCCCGCGCCACCCCCCGGCAGUGGGCCUCACAGAUACGUUUUCUUCCUCUAUCAGCAGCCCGAAGCCUUCGACGGCAAAGCAUAUGCUCCUCCGAAUGGGCAGACGGUGCCGAACAUGAAGCGGAUGCGGUAUGAUCUGGAUGACUUUGAGCAGAAGGCUAAGCUAGGCCCGAUUGUGGCUUGCAACUACUUCACUAGCAAUUGA